AUGGAGAUCGAUCCGCGAUUGCGUGCAGGGAGCGAGGAGAGCUCGCCGGGGGGGGAGGAACCACGCCAAUCCUCCUACAUUCCAGCUUCCACUGCACGUCGCGAUGAAACCUCUGCUUCGUCGGGUCAGGCGGCCUCCGACUAUCCGGACCCCCCCUCGCAGUUUGCUUCCCGCCAGCACUCGACCUCCUCCACUACAACUGGCCCGGGUUUCUACGGGACGCAGCAGUCCCAGCCCCAGUCCGCUUCGCAUCCGCUGUAUCACCAACACCUACACCAACGGGAUUCGCCUUCGUCGGCUCUCCGCGCCUCACCCCAUCUCGACUCCGCCGACCCUAAUGAUCCCUACUCCGACCUGAAACGACCGCGAGCCUGUGAGGCCUGUCGCCAGCUCAAGGUCCGCUGCGAACCCGACCUCGUGAACCCUAAUGGAUCGUGCAAGCGGUGCGCGAAAGCUGGGAGAUCAUGUGUCGUGACGGUUCCGACGCGGAAGCGUCAGAAGAAGACGGAUAGUCGAGUGGCGGAACUGGAGCGCAAGAUAGACGCUUUGACGGCGAGUCUGCAGGCUUCGCAGGGUCAUGAUUCACUUUUACCAUCUACGUCGGGUGGCGCAAGUGCAAGUACAAGUGCAAGUGCGCUGCCCCCACGAGAGGAACCAGUUGGACGACGGUGGCUGGGUCCGAGCCAGAGUAUUUCGAGCCGCGCUGCGCCACCGUCGACUUCGCCGUCGAGCCAGGUGGGGAAUAAACGACAUCACAGCGGGGAGCUCAAGGAGCCGCGUGCUCCAGGAAUUUUAUCCGAGAUAUAUACUCGACCAACUAGUCCAGCGACGGAGCAGCAGCCGCAUGAUACCCAGGGGAAACCAUGGCGGACCUCGUUUCUGAGUCCGUCGAGCGGGCUAAAGGAGCCUGUAGUUGAUAUCAUUGAUAGAGGACUUGUGAGCUCUGCGGUUGCCCUGGAGGCCUUUACCCGCUACGUGGAUCUGAUGGCUAGUCAUAUCCCGCUGGUGGUUUUCCCGCCCGAGACGCAGAUGAGCGAUGUCCGCAAAAAUCGACCUAUACUGUUUCAUGCGAUCAUUGCCGUUGCUGUGGGUCCAUUUCAACCCAGUGUACAGCUGCCACUCUUGCAUGAGUUUUACAAAACUGUUGGGGAGCGAGUCAUUGUGAAAGGUGAAAAGUCGCUGGAUCUUGUCCAGGGACUUGUGGUGUCUUGUACGUUCUAUAUCCCACCCGAUAACUUUGAGGAGAUCAAGUUUUAUCAGCUGGCGCAGUUGGCUGUCACGGUGGGAAUGGAUAUCGGCAUGUACCGAAAGUCUUCGGCAAAAAUCAAACCCUUUAAUUUGAUUCGAGAGGUGAUGAAGCAUUCGCCGGCCUCGGAUCCUGACUCGCCAGAGGUGAGACGGACCUGGUUGGCGUGUUAUUUCCUCUCUGUCCAAGUGUCUACCGCUUUGAGGCGGCCGAUCCUUGUUCGGUGGAAUCCGUAUAUGGAUGAAUGUGUUCAGAUCCUGGAGAAGUCACCAGAUGCUCUCCCAUCCGACAAAACCAUGAUACAGUGGGCGAAGUUGGUACGGAUAAUCGAGGAGAUUUGUUCACAGUUUUUCUCCGAAGACAGUAACCCCUCGUUCUCCGACCCAAAGUAUCAGUUUACGCUCAAGGCCUUCGAGAAGCAGAUAGAACAGUGGAGGAAGGAGACCUUCCCAGAUCACUACUCACCUGUAAUGGCACAAGCGGAAGCCAUCGUCGGCAUCUACCUUCACGAGCACGCCAUGAAUAUGGAAUCUCACAGUGAUGAUGCCAAGGUAUCCGAUGAAGAUAUCUCCAAUCCAACUACGGCAGCCCGCAUAAGCGCCCUCAGUACUGCUCUCUCAUGCAUCCACCAAGCUUUAGACGCGAUCUGCGCCAUCGAAGUCAAUGACCUUGUCACCAUUCCUACUAUCUCCCUAGCCCGAACAUCCUUUGCCGUCGUUGCCUUGAUCAAACUUUACUCGAUUGUCACUGCCCCAGACUCCUACCUCGGACAGGUGAUCGAUCCUAGCAAUUUGAGAAUCGACUAUUACCUGGACAAGGUCAUCGAACUAUAUGCUGCUGCUGGUGAACUCCCUGGAUCCCUCACCCCAGCCAAAUUCUCUACCGUCCUGUCCAUGCUCCGCGAGUGGUUCCGCACACGCAAGGACCAAAAUGUAGCUCUAAGGGAGGCAUUUAAUGGACCUCGAAAACCCAACAGUGAUGAGUCAAGCUCUAACCAAGGAAACAAGUCACAGAACCAAACUCCAACAGGACACACCCCCCUCCAUCUGCUCAGCGAAGUCGCUAUGGGCGAACCUAAAAACCAAUCUAGCCCCAAUCAACGCCCUCUUCCUCACCAUCACCACCCUAACCAUCAACCACAGCAGCAAUCCUACCCUAGCGCUUCCCGCAUAGGCUUCCCGGAUCCGAUUCCCCAGUCCUCACCUGAUCUUCUCUCCCAAUCUCUGGGUCCCAGCCCCGGACCCGGAACCGCAGACUCCACCGCCGAACCUUGGGUCCAAUACGCCUCCCAGCGCUCGUUCUUCCCCCCACCCGGGCCCUCGCCUUUUAGCUCAACCCAAGCUGCAGCAACAGCCGCGGGGACAGGAGCAACAACAACAAGCGGGCUAUCCGGUUUCGCGGAUCCCACGGGGGGCAUGAUGAUGUCUUCGGCAUCUACAGCGGGACAGGGCAUCUUUGUCCCUGAGCUAGGCAUCCAGGUUGGCUCUGACCCGGAGAAUUUGUUUGCACUGGGGGGGGUGCUAGGCGAUGGGCUUUUUAAUUUGCCGUGGUCUACGGAUGGAAGUUUCGGGAGUUAUGGGUUUUUGUAA